ACUAUUGAAGCUACAAGAGAAUUAAUUCGACUUCGACGCGAGAAUCAUAACGAUUUUGAGUUCAUUUUUAACAAUCGCCAUGAAAGGAUAUGGAGAACCAUAUGCAACCAAUUGUUUCUUAAUAGAGAGGAUUCGCCACUUUUCCCUCUCAAUGUCGUAGGAAAUAGUACUCAUUAA